GGCAAAUUUGUCACGACAGAUAUCCACACGUGUUGUCUUGUAUAGCUCAAUCUCCCAAUUUCUCCAUCUUAUCUGAGACAGUGACAGAGGCACGCAGACGCAGGAAGCGUAUUACACGAAGAGAGGGAGCCAUGGCGUCCUUGGCUCAGCAAUUCACAGGCCUGAGAUGCCCGCCGCUCUCUUCCUCGCGACUCUCAAAGCCCUUCUUUCCUCCUAAACAAACCCACAAGCCUUCUGCCCUCUCCCCCAUUGUCUCGGCAGCAGUGGCAAUCUCAAACGCACAGACCAAAGAGAGGGCCCAACUCAAACAACUCUUCGAGGAAGCCUACGAGCGGUGUCGUACUGACCCUACAGAAGGCGUGGCAUUCACUCUCGAGGACUUCCACUCUGCUCUCGACAAAUACGACUUCAAUUCUGAGCUGGGGACCAAGGUCAAAGGAACAGUGUUCAGUACGGAUAACAAUGGUGCCCUAGUUGACAUUACUGCAAAGUCUUCGGCAUACUUGCCAGUCCAAGAGGCUUGCAUUUACAAAAUAAAACACGUGGAAGAAGCUGGCAUAGUUCCUGGUCUGAAAGAGGAGUUUAUAAUUAUUGGUGAAAAUGAAGUUGAUGAUAGCUUGAUCCUAAGCUUAAGAACUAUCCAGCAUCAACUUGCAUGGGAAAGAUGUAGACAGCUUCAAGCCGAGGAUGUUGUCGUCAAGGGUAAGGUUGUCAGUGGAAAUAAAGGUGGAGUAGUUGCUUUGGUGGAAGGCCUUAGAGGGUUUGUGCCUUUUUCUCAGAUAUCAUCGAAAUCAACUGCAGAGGAGCUCCUUAAUAAGGAGCUUCCACUGAAGUUUGUGGAGGUUGAUGAGGAACAGUCAAGGCUUGUCUUCAGUAACCGAAAAGCCAUGGCUGAUAGCCAGGCACAACUAGGAAUUGGAUCAGUGGUCAUUGGAACUGUGCAGAGCCUAAAACCGUAUGGUGCCUUCAUUGACAUUGGUGGAAUCAAUGGCCUUCUUCAUGUUAGUCAGAUCAGUCAUGAUCGUGUCUCAGAUAUUGCAACGGUACUUCAACCUGGUGAUACUCUCAAGGUCAUGAUAUUGAGCCAUGACCGUGAGAGAGGCCGAGUCAGUCUUUCCACCAAGAAGUUAGAACCUACUCCUGGAGACAUGAUUCGCAAUCCAAAGCUUGUUUUUGAGAAGGCGGAGGAAAUGGCUCAGACAUUCAGGCAGAGAAUAGCUCAAGCAGAAGCUAUGGCUCGUGCUGACAUGCUUAGAUUCCAACCUGAGAGUGGACUGACUCUCGGCUCUGACGGAAUUUUGGGUCCUCUCACUUCAGACUUGCCAGCAGAAGGUCUAAAUCUGAGUGGUGUUUCUCCGGCAGUAGAAUCAUGAUUGAAACUUGGUAGUUUAUCUCCUUCUGAAUGUUUCUAUGUUUACUUAGCUUGUAAAAUUAUACCCAAGGCUAUACUUCUGCCUCUGGCCUAAGAUUCCUUUUGAUUCC